AUGUUUCAUCCACAACCGAGUACAGAUCAAUUUCUAGAUGAUCUACCUACUUACUUACCAAACGAAGAACCAAGUGAGAAAGACAAGAAGGUGGAUAUACCCAAGCCGCCUCAAUUCAACGAAUUCAAAGCUGAAGAACCACAAUCAUCAAAUUCAAUAAAUUCACAACAUCAAAUAAACAACAAACCCACUAAGAUAAAUAAACCGGUGAGAAUUUCUGGAACCAAUAUAACACUACAGACGGAAGAAGAUAUAGCAAAAUGGAUUGAAGAACGUAAAAAAAAUUGGCCAACUAAAUCAAAUAUGGAAAAAAAACAACAAUUGAAAGAAGAAAAACGAAGGAAGUUUCAAGAAAAUCAAACUAGAAGCAUUAAUAAUAAUCAAAGCAAGCGUAAACUAGAAGAUUCAAACGAACCAGAAGGUAACUCAAAUAAGAAAGGUAAAAACUUAUGUCGACAUUUUCAACAGUUUAAAAAAUGUAAGUUUGGAAAUAAAUGUAAAAACAUUCAUGAAAUUUCAAAUGAUCCUAAUCCAAUUGCUCAAAAUUUUAAAAAUGAUUUAACUCAUACAAAAAGAAAAUUAAAUGGUAUUACAAUUUUAAUUCCAAAAUUAUAUUCAAAUAGAACUGAAAAUACUCCAACUUCAAAUUCUUCCUUGUUUAAACAUUUAAUUACUCAAGAUCGAUCGAUAAAUGAAAAUCAAGUAGUUAUUGAUUUUAUAAAGUAUCUUGAUGAUAAAGGAAUGAUAAAUCACGACGUAAUGAAAUAG